UGCUUUUAUCUGUCUAGAUAGACGAGAGGAGCAGCUAUGAGUUUAACAGCAGCGGCCAGUGGAUUUGUUGUCUUCCUUCUGUCCGUGCCAGUGAUACAGGGUCAGAAUGGCUGGGGAGUGACUUACACCUCUACUCAGAUCUGUGCCUCCAAAGGAUCAACAGUGGACAUACACUGCACCUACACAUACCCAUCCACUGUAACAAACAUUACACAAACGUUCUGGCAUCUUGUAGAUGGUAGGGAUGUAAAAACAGUCUUGGAGUACACAGGCCGUGUGCAGUAUUACUGUGGGAACAACAAAACCUGCACUCUGAGAAUCUCAGACCUGAGACAGAGCGACUCAGUUGAGUACAGGUUCAGGUUCAUAACAAACCAAGCAGGUGGAAUGUGGUCUGGUACACCUGGAGUCACACUAUCUGUCACAGCAUAUUUAGCUCUCCAGAUGGGGGUGAACAAAGUAACAGUCAAUCCGUCUGAUACCGAAGCAGAGCUGAGUUGUAAUAGCAGUUGCAGCAAACCUUCUUAUGUCUGGAUCAAGAAUGGACAGAAAGUUCCUGAAGAAGCUUCUUCUUAUACAGCCUAUUUGAAUCCUGGAGACAGCAUCGCCUGCGCUUUGAAGGGACAAGAGAAAUACCACACUCCUUUACUGUAUGCUCCAAAGGUUCCCUCUGUGUCAGUGAGUCCCUCUGCUGAGAUAGUGGAGGGCAGUUCAGUGAAUCUGACCUGUAGCAGUGAUGCUAACCCAGCAGCUAACUACACCUGGUACAAGGAGAAUGAAGACUCACCAAAAGCAUCAGGACAGAUCUUCACCAUCACUGACUUCAGAGCUGAACACAGUGGGAAUUAUUACUGUGAAGCCCAGAACAGCAGAGGACGUCAGAACUCCACCUUACAUCUGACUGUUGUAGCAGGAACAAGUCCGUUAAGAGCUGCUGGACCAAUCAGUGUUGUUCUCCUGGCUGUCCUAUCCCUCUCUGUCUUCCUGUGGAUCAGACCAGAAAGAGGAGGGCUUCCAGGGACUCGUCUGGACCAGACAACAGGGAACAGUGUGUACCUGAUCCGAGUGAGCCAGAGGAGCAGGUUGACCUUCAGUACGCCACCAUCCACGUCUCCAACAGCCAGGCAGAUCCUCUGUACUCCAACAUCAGAGCUGCUCAGCCCCUCAGACACAGGGAGCAACAGGAAGCCGUUGAGUACGCUGCCGUCAGCUUCAACAGUGGCAGUACUGCCCCGAGAACCAGAGGUCGGGACACUGGAGAGGAUCCAGCUGCUUUGUACAGCACAGUCAACAACCACCGAUGAAAACAACAGGCAUUGCAUUUAUAGUCUGAUAUUUCUAUCUUUUUUUCCCCAAAACAUUAUUUAAAUAAAUAAGGUAACCACUGAUUCUUAUACAUUUUAUUUUAAGGAUGGCCCUCUCCAAGAAUGUACAGAGAGAGAGAGAGAGUUAUAAAUUUUAUAGAAACUUAAAUGUAUUACUUAAACAUAAACCGGUGUUCAGUUAUUUUACUCUGUAUGAGUCAGCUCUAAAGAAUGAGUUAAGUAUUUCAUGAUUUAUUUUGUUAAAUUGUAUAUAUACUAUGAAAGGACAAUAUUCAGUGACCUUUUAUGUGCGGUUUGAAUUAGUCCCUAACUGGUCUUCCUCCCAAACGUCCCCGUGCAGACGCUAAAACAUACCUGAAGUAGUUGUUAAUGCAAAAAGGGAUGUGAUCCCCAACUGGCUUCCCACCUGCAAACACUGGAAGUUGUUUUUGUUGGAAAGCACGGUCAAUAUAUAUUUGACGGUAGAAAAAAAGUCAGAAAAUGUGAGGAGAAAGUUAUAACAUGCAACAAAGGUUGCUGGCUGGAAUAAUACAUUUAAUGUUGCGAUUAACUGAUUGGCGUCUUAAUCAUUAGGCCUUUAAACAUAUUCUGACAUGCAAAUUAGCACCAAAAACAAAUGACAGCAGAGGUCAAUCAUAAAGAGAAGACUUGGGUAGAAGUAUUCAGUGCAUGCACAAAAUAUCUUCAAAGGUCCAGUGUGUAACAUUUUUAGUUGAUCAUGAUCAAAAUCUGUUGCCCAUUCACAAACUUGUCCUUUUUCAUGAAUAUUUAC